UGCCAGCGUUUCGUCUGGCUGACAUCGGUGAGUAAAGCUUUGACACAAAGUCCGAUGUUCUCAAUUGACGUUUGCUUCGCAGAUUCGUUCUUGAAGCUUUGAAGCUUAAAUGGGUUGUCACGUAUGCAGAGCCGACCAUUCGCGCAUUUCAUUCGAACUAUUUUGACAUCUGCGACCUUUGUGCAAAACCGUUUCACGGUUUCGUUUGUGUACUUCGAUCCCGGAUUAUUAGCAUCGGCUUUUGCAGAUGGUGAUUGUUCCAGGGUAUUCAGUCCCGAACGGUUUCGCAGGUAGUUCAAGUACGUUAUCUUGAAUCCUUUCUGUAGUCG